AUGGCAUCAUCGCAAAGUAAAGGACGUGGCCGAGGACGAAAGCGUCCUGAACAAUACGAACCGCCUCCACCUUCAAUUCCAGUUUUAAACUCAACGGUAUGUUCGUCUGUAGAAGCGAAAGCGAAUUGCGUACCGACAGAGAUGAUGACUAAUCAAGUUAUGGAUGGACCUGAAGCAAAGACCAGCGUAUCAUCCGACGUGAUGCCUGUACAAAGAUCACUAAGCAGGUUAGCAAAAUCGGAUGAAUUGGGGACACUUGGUCGAAAAAUCGAAAUUCUGGUAAAUUAUUUCCCAGUUUUGCAGUUCCCUCAAGAGGGUGUGGUUUAUCGGUAUACUAUCGAGAUAAGAAACAAAAGAUGCCAAAUCAUUCGACGAAACCUUCGACAAAUUCUAUAUCAAGCUUGGUUGAAAAAGUUUCGUGACAGACAUCCGGAAAUCAAUUCGAAUCGAAUCAUUUUCGAUAAUCAGACAACGAUAUUUACCUACAAUCAACCAUUGCCUAACAUAACUAAUACGGAAACGAUUACAAUACUUUCAGCGCCGAAUUCAGCGGGUCGCUAUGAAGACUAUCAAUGUUCCAUCAAACAAGCAGGCAGACCAACUGAUUUAGAUCUAUUAAAAUCACUCAAACAGUUUUAUGUAUCAAACGAUACUCUUGAAGAUACCAAGAAUCAGUUGAAAUACAUUCAGCAAAUCUUCUCACUUGUUAUCCAUGCAUAUAGUUCUGGGGAUUCCGGUUUUAUCUAUAAUCGAACAUAUUUCAAAGAACCAACUCUAUCUAAUGGCCAGCAUCACUGGGAUCUCGGUUUGGGCAAGGCUGUAUGGCGUGGUUUUUAUUCAUGUCUUGUAUUUGCAAAUGGCACUCACCAGUUAUUAAUGAACCUCGAUGUUAAUCAUGGAAUUUUCCAACGAAGACAAAAAUUUCUUGAUUUCGUCUGUGAAGUCAUGCAUUAUAGUCCAUGCGGUAGAUAUUACCGGACGCAAAAUCGGCAUGAAUCGAAAUUGUCGAUGGAGAAUGUUGAAGAGUAUCUAGAUUCGAAGAAUAAUGCUGGGUUUUAUAAGGAUGAAAUUGAGUUUUUACUAAAACACUGCAAACAUGUUCGCGUCAGCUGGAAAGCUGGAAAUCGACUAAUGACGAAGGAUAUUAGCGACUUAGGUUCAUCCGCAUUGGAACAAACUUUUCAGUGGACUGCAAAAGGUAACCGAACAAUUACCGUAGCAGAUUAUUAUCGCGAACAAUAUGGAAUAGCGUUAAAAUAUCCAUCGUUACCAAUACUGAAGAUGCAAGAUGGAUUAGUUGUUCCCAUGGAGGUUGUUGAUGUUGAACCGGUCAAAGUGAAGAAAAUAAGCGAUGAAAACAGAGCAUUACUAACUCGCACGGCGAUUCUGCCACCGGACAAACGUUAUCAACAAACCAAGGAUGUCUGCAACAAACUUCAACAACAAAGUUUUCGUCAAAACUCUGUGACAACUACAUGGGGAUUUCAGAUAGAUACAAAAAUGCACAAGCUAACAGCUCGCGUUCUACCUAAUCCCUCAAUUACUUUUGGAAAUAGAAUCGAUAAGAAAUUCUGCAAACCAAUAUCUUUCCCAUCUGUAUGGGGUAUGAUUAAUUUAUCUUCGACAUUGGAUAGGCGAUCUGCUGAAAGGUUCUAUGAGCAACUAAGGGAAGCUGCUAAUUAUCGAGGUGUCAGCUGUACGGCACGCGCUCUCUAUGUAGAAUUCAGUCAUAAAUUUUACUCGGUUGAUAAAAUGAUGGAUAAUGUUAAAAAUGUGAUGCGAGAGUAUGAUGACUGUCAUUUUUAUAUUGUUAUUUUAUCUGAUGAUAGCAAUAUAAAUGAUAAAAUACAUGGUGAAAUAAAACAAUUUUGUGAACUGGAUGAUGGAUUCGGAGUAAUUACACAGAUGUUGAAUCCACGCACUAUUAAGCGUGUAUUAGAAGAUCAUAGAUCAGAUGCUAACUCAACACUAGAUAACAUUCUACUUAAAAUCAACGCGAAACUGAACGGAAUUAACUCUACUAUACAAGUUCCCGAGGAAAUUGAACGAUUCUUUUCAUGUGGCCGGCGAAUUAUGUAUGUUGGGAUUGAUCUACGGCAUUCACUCACUGAUCCCGACGAUCAGCGUUCUAUUGUUACCGCUGUAGCUUCAGCUGAUGAUGUACCGAGUCGAUAUUUCAAAGAAAUCUACAUACAAAAUAAAUUCUUGUCUAACCAUAAGCAACGUAUUGAAUACGUCGUCAACAUGAAAGAUAUUAUGAAAUCUUUAAUUUAUCAAUAUUUCGUUAAGCAUGAUAACGUAGCUCCAACUGCUAUAGUCAUUUACCGUGAUGGUAUUUCCGAGAAUGAAUUUGAUCCGGUACUCGAGAAGGAAAUUAUGGCCACACGAGAGGCUUGUGUAGAAUUGUUUCCUGCCUAUCAACCAUGUUUAACCUAUAUUGUGGUUAACAGAAAUCAUCAUACUCGAUUUGUCCUAGCCAACUCAAAUAGAAAUAUCGAAGCUGGUACUGUCAUUGAUUCACCAGAUAUCACCAAUCCAGCCACAUGUGAUUUCUAUCUGAAAAGUCAUAACUAUCCAACGAAGGGAACAAGUCAUCCAAUUCAUUAUCAUGUUUUAUACGAUGAUAAUAGACUUAAACCGAAUGAGAUACAACUUCUAACCUAUGCUUUAUGUUUCACAUAUGCACGGACUACCGAUGCUAUCUCAAUUCCAACGCCUGUCAAAUAUGCAAAUUUACUCUCUGAACGUACGAAAUGCUAUUUGCCUAAAUGUAAUACGACGAAUCAAGAAGGAAUGAAUUUCAACAAGCGAAUUGUUUUGAAUAAAAAUCUAGCUCCAGAUGUGCUGUUUUUUGAAUCAACAAUAUCAGGUAACAACGUGACUCACAACGUUUGCUGCAUGCCCUUUACGUUCGCAAUCACGUGCCUUUUCGUUCUGCGUCUUUUCUCGAAAGUAAUGUUUCAAUGUGUUACAGUUUGUUUGAGCGAAUCGUUAUCGAAGUAUGACCUCGAUCAGUAUUACAAAUCGAUCCUAUUCUCAGCACGACAUCAAAUUCGUAGUCUGGUCUUAUCUGAUACAUACGAACGCUUGACAAAUUAUCUCAUCGACGAUGGCAAAAUACCGCUCGAUUUUGCAACAAGGAAACAGAUAUUUUCUCAGAUCACCUCACUAACAUUGUACGACCCAAAAGCAGCUGACAUUAUGAAAAUUCUGAACUAUUCAAGCAAUAUUCACAAGUUAUACAUAUUCACUACUGACAAUCUUCGAUGUACGGCAGAUUGUCAUUCCGACAUGUUUCAGUUUCUUUUUAGUCUGACGUCACUCGAGCGAUUAACAGUGAGAAUCUACAACACAAUCGAAUUUGGGGACAAUAUAACGAAUAUCAGUAGUUCAUUGACAAAUGUACAAUUGUGCGAUUGUCUUAUGAAAGAUUUACCGAAACUUCUUCGUUGUUUGCCUAACAUAGAAAAAUUUUCUAUCACAUGUGUAAAUCCACCCGAUCGCUACUCGGAUGAUUAUCAAAGGUUUGACUUUGCGAUAUACGAUGGGCUUGCUAAUCGUAUAGCACAUUUAACUCACUUAACAGUCAGACUGAUCGGGAUAGCAUUCGAAGAAAUGGAAUGUUUUCUUCGGCAAUUACCACACUUGACUAAAUUAACAUUGACAUCCUUCAAUAUGGAAGAUUAUGUAGACGGAUCUAAUUGGAAACGAGUUAUUACCACUUAUUUGCCAAAACUAGAGAAAUUUAGUCUAUUUAUCGAUGAAACGUACAUUCCGAGUUAUACGUCUAUCGAUCUUGAGCAAUUAAUGCAUCCAUUCAAUAGUUUAUUUUGGCAACGGUGGCCAGUUGUCAUCGAAUAUUACGCAGAGCCCAUCCACAAGAGACGCUUACUUCUGUAUACACUACCGGUUCACGAAGAUCGAUUGCCUACACAUUUCUAUGGACUACAAUUUCGAACCAGCACUCCGAUUGAUACUUGGGAAAGCACAAGAUUGUAUUAUGAAAAUGUUGACGAAAUGCAAUUCACUUUCUUUGAGAAUGUUUCCUCGAAAGAUCUUCCACCAAAACGUGUAUAUUCGAAUCUCAAAGUAUUCUGCUUUUCGCUCGAGUCGAAUAAUCUUGCUUCGUAUCAAUUCGAGACGAUGCUGAUCGAUAUUCAACAAGUUUUCUCGGUGAUGACACUCGCUCAAAUUAAAUCAGUCUAUCUCUCCGACGAAAACUAUCCGAAAGAUUUCAUUUCGGAUAUGCUAAAAAUCCUGCCAAAUGUUGAUAGUCUCCGAUUGACAGCAUCGUCUUUACACAUCUCGGACCCGUUACCAUCAGUAAAAUAUCUGACGAUCGUGACGCUAUUAAAUAUGACAUAUAACGUCACGCAUGUUCUCCGGCAGAUAACCACCCAUUUUUCGCAAAUAUCGUUUUUGUAUUUCGAAUUAGACGAUAGAAAUGAUGUAUUCGUAUUUCUUCCAUGUUGUCUUCGAAGACUGCCCAUACUCACCAAUUUGAGUGUCAAAAUCAACGAAUCGAAUCCGUGCAUCAAUCAACAACAGUUUAUUUCGUGGUUCGACGAUUAUAAAGCACUAAAUGGCUUGGAUGAUCAUGCUCAAGUUGAAUUUAGUGAUACGAAUCAUCAAAUUAACAUCUGCUUAUGA